GUCAUUUGCGUUGAAAUGAAAUGUCAUUCAAGCCAUCACGGUUCAUUUCGGUAAAGUUAUCUCGCUGUUUUCAGAAUUGAUUUAGUAGCGUUAAAAUAUUCUACAGUUUUCUGAGGAUUUUUAUUAACUUCUAUACACCAUGUCGGAGGCAUCCGAUGCACCUUUCAGCACUGUUGAGAUCAACAAUGAGAGUAGAGAUGAAGAAGAUCUCUUCGCUUCGGCGGUCCAGGAAGUCAGUCUAGAUCCAGAUGUUAAUGGUGCUCAAGAUAGUUUAGACAAGGCAACUUUAGGAGAUAUAACAUCAUCACCGGCUAUGAUAAAUAGCCCAGUUAUGGAAGAGAUAGCAACAGAACGUGCAAAUAAUAUAAUAAUAACGGUAACAGAACCUCAAAAGAUCGGAGAAGGCAUGAGCUCAUAUGUAGCUUACCGUGUUAUAACCAAGACGAACAUGCCAAUAUUUAGCCGACAUGAAUUUACAGUGCUACGAAGAUUUUCAGAUUUUCUAGGUCUCCAUGAAAAGUUAAGUGAAAAGUAUCUUCGUUCAGGCAGAAUUAUACCUCCUGCACCAGAAAAAAGUAUUGUUGGAACAACAAAACUAAAGAUGACAUCUACACCGUCCACGGAAAGCGCUAACGGUACCACAAACUCAGCGGGAAUGCAGUCGCAGUUCGUGGAGCGGAGACGCGCCGCCCUCGAGAGAUUCCUCAACCGCGUCGCACAGCAUCCCGUACUAUGCAUUGACCCUGACUUUAGAGAGUUUUUGGAGUCCGAUACAGAACUACCGAAAGCUACGAGUACAUCAGCUCUGAGCAGCGCAGGCAUGCUGCGUCUGUUCAACAAAGUAGGCGAGACCGUCAACAAGAUCACGUACAAGAUGGACGAGUCCGACCCGUGGUUCGAGGAGCGGUGCGCGCGCAUCGAGUCGCUGGAGAGCGGCCUGCGGCGGCUGUGCGGCGCGUGCGAGGCGCUGGCCACGGAGCGGCGCGAGCUGGCGGCGCGCGCGCACGACGCGGCGCGCGCCGUGGCCGCGGCCGCCGCCGCCGACCCGCACGCGCCGCUCUCGCGGGCGCUCUCGCACCUCUCCGACCUGCACGAGAAGAUUGAACAUUUAAGGAACGAGCAGGCAAACACUGACUUCUACGUUCUGACGGAGCACAUCAAAGACUACCUCGGAUUGAUUGGAGCGAUCAAAGAUGUCUUCCAUGAGAGAGUUAAGGUUUUUCAAAACUGGCAACACGCGCAGAUGCAGCUAACGAAACGAAGAGAAAAUAAGGCUAAAGCAGAACUAGCCAAUAGACCCGAAAAAAUGGAGCAGGCUGCUAACGAAAUUAUUGAAUGGGAGUCGAAGGUGGAGCGCUGCCAGCAGGAGUUCGACUCGAUCUCGCGCGUCAUCAAGAAGGAGCUGGAGCGCUGGGAGGAGUUGCGCCUGUCGGAGCUGCGCGCCACGCUGCUGCGGUACCUGCACGACCACAUGCAGCACGAGGCGCAGGCGAUCCGUUACUGGGACGCGUUCCUGCCGGAAGCGCGCGCGAUCAAAUGAGUGGCGCGCCGGCGGCCGCUGCGCCUCCGCGACGCGCGACCCGCGCACCUAAUGCUCCGUCAUGUAUCUUUACACCAUUAAAUACAGAUUAUACAUUCGCAUCGGACAGAUAUGAGCUCAGCUUUGUUACAAAUUAAAUACCAUCAUAAACAUAAUGAUGUAAUUUUUAUCAGUUUCAUUAAACACACGAUAGUGGCUCGGAAUGACAAUAAUAACAAAAUUUCGGGAAUUAAGUCACACGAGAUACAAAUGAAUUGGAGUCGUUUGUUUUUAACGGUGUAAAUUUAAUAUGGCGCUAGUGAAUCGAUAGACAUGUUAAUUCGUAUUAUAAUCGUUCAACUCUGUCGUCCCAUUUAUUGGCUAGUUCACGUCGGAUAUAUCUUUAGGAUAAACAUAAUGAAUAUAUGUAUAGUUAGUUAAGAUAAAAGUAACAUUACUGCCGCCGGUAACGACCUUGACUGGACUUUCUUAUACAUGUAAAUUGAUGACCAUAAGGAACGGUGUCUUGUCUAUAGAGAAGUCGAAAUUGAAACCCCCGGUCGGACCAAUAAAAGUCAUUGGCUUUUUCUGUAGAGGUGUUCUUAGUAGCAAGCCGGCGUCUGAAAUUUAGAAAUAUGUAUCCCGUGCUGAUGACUCAUAUCCUUUAGAAGGCCAGCUGUGACUGAAACCGUUCAGGGCAUCAAAUACGCUUGAGUCAAGCCGCAAUUAGAAAUACAAAUGUUAUUACUUUUGUUGCUGAUGGUACCGAUUCCGUUAUAUCUUAAUUGAAUCAAUUUUACAUUGCUAUUUCAUUUUCUAUUUAUUAAAUGAUAUUUAAAAUGCAACCAUACCGCCAUGACUUCUAUUUUUUUUUCACGCAAAUGAUUAAUAUUUAUAAGGAAACAGUGUUUAAACAUAAAAAAUAUUUCACUUUUUUUUAUCAAAAUUGAUGACUUUAAUACUUUAUCACUGCUCAAUAUGUAUAAGAAUAUUAUAUUCAGUAGUUUUGGAACAUCACAAUAAUAAUUAAAGCUGAUGUUAUCCGGUGUGAACUUGCCUUAAAAUCUUUUGUUUCAAAUAUUGUUUUGUUUUAAUUUUGAUCAAUGUAUGAUUUGGGACUUCAUACGCAUUUGUAUUUUAAAUUGAUCUCUGUAAUAAUGUAAAUAAGAGAUAAUAUGGUGUCAAAAGUAUUGUAAAAAACCUGACCAAAAAAAAGAGGAAAGACGCAUACUAAAUUAAAAGUUUUAAAAUUAAUAUAAACAAUUGUUUCCCUUACGGUGAUAGAAAUAAGGUUCAUUUUUCAUUAUUAUUUUAACUAGUGGGCUAUAAUACUGCUACUUAAAAUAUUUAUUAAUAGAUAAAGCUAGAUGUAAUGUAAGUAAUAACUUUUUUUUUCCGAAUUAAAAAAAAUUAUGUGUGCGUCUAUUCUUGUACAAGUGUGUCUAUAGGCUGUGUCUUCGAUAAUAGAACAAUUAAUUCGUUCAUAACAAGUCUGAUUCCUUUUGUUUUGUAUUACGUUUUUUUACGUUUACGUCUUCAAUGAUGAAUGAUGUGAUGAUUCUAUGCGGUUUCUCCUAAAACGACGCUGAUUGCUUGCAAAAGCAUCUUUUUGUAUUGCUACUUCCAUAUCAAUUAAGUUUAUGGAGAGAUAUUUAUGUAUUUAAUCGAUUUCGCUCGAUUGGUCGUAAAUUUUUUACGUUGUUUUUUUUAUAUUUAGCAAAUUAUUGCACAUAUUUCAGCCAAUCGUUUUUGGUACUGAAUUUUACAGAUUUGAGAAUUGAAAACUGAAAUUACCUUAGUUAUAUUUAUCUGGAAAUGAAAUAAUCAAAAUAUAUAGAAAGGAAAAAUACGUGUACGUUUGUAUGUUAUUUUAUUUAACUGCUGUUAAAUUAAAGAUCACACUUCUAGAUGCUUAACAGCAAUAGUAAACUCAAGAAAUGAAUCGUUAGAUUUUCAAAUAAAAAAUGCGUAGUGAAAUCAUAAAUUGAAUCCAUAAUUGCUCUCGAAAAUUAGCAAUAAUGACACUUUCAUGGGAAGCAACGUCGUCGUUUCAAACGUUGGCCAAAUAAAAAAUAAUUUUAAGGUUAUAUUAUUGUUUAUCUGACAUUAAAUAUAUUUUAUUUGAAGUAAUUGUUACAAUAAUUAUAUUUUCACAGCUUUGCUUUAAUGCACAAGUUUUAAUUCAUAUAAAUAUCAAUAAAUUGAAAAAAAAUAAAUAAACGAACCUUUCAUCACAUGUCCAUAAAGUGGUGAAUAAUUAUCGUACAUGUAAAGAUAUUAUAAUUAUUUAUUGUCGGUAUAAUGUUCGUGCGACAAUUACUUUAAAUUUUCUUUGUAUUUACGUUAAUUUAAGAUGAUAAAUUUUGUUAAAAACAUCUAUAUUUUUAUAUCUGUUUUGUUCUAAGAUACGUAUUAUGUAUUAGAAAAUGUAUUCCAAUUUAGAUAAGAUGAUUUUUUUUUUAGCCAGAAUACUAAAAUUAUUAUAUCGUUUGAUAUGUUUUAAAUGAAAUAUACGUAGUGUAAAACUAUAUUAACAAAUAAUUUAGAAAACUAGCGAAAAUUAACGAAUACAUUAAAAAGUGACAUUUAGAAGGAGGAGGUCAGGCCACAGAGUUUUUAAUUUUCCAUUUUUGAAUGUAAAGAAAAAUAUAUUAUCAUAGAGCAUUCUGGCUAAAAAACUAAGUUAAUAUAAUUUAUAUACAUUAGAUAGAACGAUUGAAAAUCUCAAAUCUAAUGUAUUCAUUAUUUUUAUAUUGCCAAAUAUAUAUAGCGGUAAUUUGGUGUAACGGAAGAGAUAAUCUAAAUAAAUUUAAAUAAUGUUGGUUUCGAAUUAUAGAAAUUGUACUUUAUUCCAAUAAUAAUAAUUAUUACUUAAAUA